AGUUUCACAUUUCUACAAGGUCCUUGUUAGUGUAUGUAUUUUCAAUCAGGAAGACAGCCGAUAUGAGUACAAAACAUUUGGCAGCCGGAUCUGUUGCCCCUCCCCUUAAACCUGGAAAAAUACGUUUAUACAGUAUGCGAUUUUGCCCGUAUGCGCAAAGAAUUCAUCUAGUCCUGGAUGCAAAAAAGAUACCAUAUGAUGUUGUUUAUGUUAAUCUAAUGAGUAAACCUGAAUGGUUACUACAAAAAAGCCCUUAUGGUAAAGUUCCUUGUAUAGAGCUGGAUGGAGGGGAAACAUUGUAUGAAAGCCUUAUCAUUGCUGACUAUUUGGAUGAAGCAUAUCCCCAAAACAAACUUUAUCCAAACAAUCCUCUGGCAAAAGCCAAAGAUAAAUUACUGAUUGAUAAAUUCAAUUCUGUUAUAAGUACUAUUUAUAAACUAUAUCUGAAUGCAUCUACUGGAUGUGACAUGUUUGAGGAGGCAUUAACUGGUCUGGAACUGUUUGAAAAAGAACUUGCAGUCAGAAAAACAGUUUUCUUUGGUGGUCAGUCCCCUGGAAUGUUGGACUUCAUGAUUUGGCCAUGGUGGGAAAGAGCAGAUGUACUUAAAGUUUUACGAGGAGAACAAUACGGUAUACCUCGAGGUCGUUUUAAAAAACUGUUGGAAUGGAGAUCUGCCAUGAAAGAAAAUCCAGCAGUUAAAAAUAGUUACUUAAGUACUGAACUACAUGCUAAAUAUACACAAAGUCGUCUUGCUGGAACACCUCAAUAUGACUUAAUUACUGCAUAAUUAAAAGUGGUUCAACAGAUAACAAUCACAAAAUAUACAGAGAUGUUGCAAUGAGAGAACUAAUAUAAAGAAUGUAUUUCUGUUCCUAACUUUUAUAUGGUAAAUAUAUCUAUUAUGCUUUAUACAAAAAGAUGAAAAUUAUGUUUGUGUGUACAAGAGCUUAGAAGAAAUAUAUUUUCGUUGUAAAAAAUAUCUGAAAUAUUAUAAUUAUUUAUGUAAAUAUAAGGAAAUAUUUAUUAAUUAAUACAAUUUUGCUUUUGUUAAUAUCAAAUUUAAUUUUCAUGAGAUUAAAAUUUUGUGAAUUAUAUCGUGGUUUUACAAAAUUACAUUUGUCAUAAAAUUAUAUGUAUAUUAAAAUCAAUACUUGUUUGACAGAAUUCAUAACAUAAUACUAAAACAUUUCACAGUUAUAUAUAUAAACGAUAAUGUUUAACAAUAUAUGUACAUCUUAUAGUAAAUGUCGAUAUAAUCAUAGCUAUCGAUAAGCAAAAAGUGGAAAAAUGAAGUAAAUACAAGGAUUGAAGAUUAAAAGUGCGAAUGAGUUGUAUAAGUACUACUUAAAAAAUGAUUUAAUUUGUAGUGCUCGUCAUAUUAUACAUAGAACAAAAGUCUUUUCUGCCGUUUCACUCGUCAUCUCAUACAUACAUAUAUUUAUAGUAGUUUCUGUUAACUUAAAUAAAAUUACUUCACUUU